AUGCAUACACGAAAUUCAAAUAAUGCGCUAAAUUGUCACACCGAUCAAACGUAUUGGGAUCGACGAAGCUCGUGCUCCGGCCAGAAUCUCAAUCUCAAUCUCGACAAUCAGCCGCCUCAAUUUUAUCAACAAGAAGUGUUCAGAUCUCCCGAGAUGUUCCAUUGGGCGCAGCAAAUUCAGCAAACUCAACAAGAUGGAUUUAUCUAUGGCUACACGCCGGCUGAACAGAUGAGAUGGGUCUCUUCACAACAGGUGAACACGGUCGGACUACAAGAUUCUUCUCGGCGAUACUCGUGUUCUGUCCAAAAUCUCGUAUCCAACAUUCCCGGAAAUCAGUUUGGAUCACAGACAAAGUUGAACAAUCCGAAACAUAAUCAUGUGCCUCGGAACAUUACGAUGGUUCAGCAAGGUCGGAAUGUGAAGAAUGGUCCGUUGGCUGGGCUUGUGCAUGGCAAAUUCCUCUCCGCACAACACCUGAAUUUGGUUGGACAACGAGAAACGGUUGCUCCAUCUCCCAUGAAGAAUAUUCUCGGCACGGAUAAAAUGCUCGUCAUUUGGCAUGGAAGGCCGGAUAUCCGUCUCCUACGUGAUAAAAAUAGUGGCUCUCCCUAUUGUAUUGCUCAAUUCAUCAACGAAAUGGAGGCUGAAAAGAUUCGUCUCUUCUGGAAUGGGACAGAGAUCGUGAAAGGCCAAGGAAAGCUGAUCGUCGAAUACUUUAACGAUUAC